UCACUUCCAUAUAAUUAAACACACAGAAUAAGAGAGAGAGAGAGACGGAGAAAUUUUGAGAUCUCGAAUAAUGCGAAUCUGAAGACGGAUCCGUCAAUUCUGUAGAUCGAAACUAGAAAGGUUUCAUCGAUCCGUUUGGUCAAGAGAGAGAGAGCCUGCGUAGUGAUCCGUGAGUAUGGGGUGUUCAUUUUCGGGAUUGAACGCGCUUUACGACGCCGUAAACGGUGGAGGCGAUGUAUGGAUCAAUGAGAAUCGAUUCAGGGUCGUGAGGCAGCUCGGCGAAGGAGGUUUCGCUUUCGUCUUUUUGGUCAAGGAGAUUGUCGCCGACGCUUCCUCCGCUACAUCCGGUGGUGGCCUUGCUAAGAAAGUCAAGGAUCCGGCUCAUCUCUCCGCUGAUGGAACUUAUGCUAUGAAGAAAGUUUUGAUUCAGAACAAGGAGCAAUUGGAAUUGGUGCGGGAGGAGAUCCGUGUUUCAUCAUUGUUCAAUCAUCCUAAUUUGCUUCCACUUCUUGAUCAUGCCAUUAUUUCUGUUAAGGACGGUCAAGAGGGAGCUUGGAAACACGAAGCCUUCUUGCUAUUUCCUGUUCACUUGGAUGGGACCUUGCUGGAUAAUUUCACAUUGAUGAAGGCUAAAAAGGAUAUAUUCUCAACAACUGAUGUUUUGCACAUAUUCCGUCAGCUUUGUGAUGGACUCAAACACAUGCACUCGCUGGAGCCACCAUAUGCUCACAAUGAUGUCAAACCUGGAAACGUGCUUUUAACGCGUAGAAAAGGACAGCCUCCGCUUGCUAUAUUGAUGGACUUUGGAAGUGCUCGCCCUUCACGGAAGCAGAUCCGCUCCCGUCAAGAGGCCUUACAGUUACAGGAAUGGACAUCUGAACAUUGUUCAGCACCGUUUCGAGCUCCCGAGCUCUGGGAUUGCCCAAGCCAUGCAGAUAUCGAUGAGAGAACAGAUAUCUGGUCACUAGGCUGCACAUUAUACGCAAUAAUGUACGGUGUGUCUCCAUUCGAAUAUGCGCUUGGAGAAUCCGGUGGAAGUCUUCAGCUAGCAAUUGUGAACGCUCAGAUCAAAUGGCCAAACACUGGACCAAAGGCUUCUUAUCCAGAAGCUCUUCACCAGUUCGUAACUUGGAUGCUGCAACCACAGGCUGCUGUUCGACCUCGCAUUGACGAUAUCAUCAUCCACGUCGACAAAUUGAUCGCUAAAUUCACAAAAUGAUUCCCUAAUUAUAUCGUGGUUUUCAAAAGAAAAGGUGAAAGGAAAAAAGAAAAGAAAAGAAACUCUUUAUACAUUGUUUGUCGCUUUUAUAUAUGCGUAGCUGUUUUAAAAAAAAAAUCCCAUAUUAGAUACAUAUUUUAUAGUAUUGGUUACAUUGCUCUUCUUAAUGUAUUUUGAACUACUAGGAUUCGGGACUUUCUUUUUUGACUAUGGGAACCAAUAAAUUUACUUAAGGACAAUAUUAUCUGUUUUAAAUA